UGUUCCCGUGCAGACAUUAGCACAAACCUUCAAAAACGCCUGGAGGACAUACCAGCAGUACAUAUCAGUAACCCAAAGACCCUCGAUUUUCAGGUAGUACGAACAACCCUCCUGCCUGGUCUACUCAAUACUUUGGCCAAUAAUAAAAGUCUUCCACUUCCUCUGAAGUUGUUCGAAGUGCAGGAUGUUGUGCUCAAGGACCCCAGCAAAGACGUUGGAUGUCGGAAUAGGCGUCGCGUGUGCGCCGUCUACUGUAACAAAACCUCCGGAUUCGAAAUUGUCCAUGGGCUGCUGGACAGGCUUAUGCUAGUGCUGGAGGCCAAGUACACGGACUCUUCCAAGCCCGUUAACUCCGAGAAGCUUAGCUAUCACCUGGAGGAAGUUGACGAGCAUUUUUGUCUUUUUCUUUUAGACAAAACCUAUUUCCCCGGCCGCUGUGCGGACAUCAUUCUAACACCGCCAGGCACUUCUAUUGGACGACUGGGUAUUGUCCAUCCCCAGGUCUUGCAGAAUUUCGGCUCGGCUCUCUCCGUAUCAAGCUUCGAGAUAGAUCUGGAACCAUUCCUGUAA